AUGCCAGUUCAUGUGCUCACUACAUCAGGAUCAUUCGGAGCGUCACCUGUCGCUAUUCGCAACAAAGCAAAUGAGCUACGUGAUGAAUGCGAGGCAACUCCGUGCCCCUUCAUCAAAUAUCGUUUUCCCGAACUGUUGGACGAAUCCCGGGCUGCCAUGAGUAACUUUCUUGGUGUACCAGAGUCAACCAUUGUCUUUGUUCCAAAUGCGACCACUGGAAUCAAUACAGUUAUGCGAAAUAUGGUCUGGAGUAGUGACGGAAAAGAUGAGAUUCUUCAGUUGGAUAUCAUAUAUGGAGCAUGUGGGAAGACGACCAAUUAUGUUUGUGAAGCCAAUGAAGGCAGGGUUCGCACCAGAGAGAUUCGGCUCAUAUAUCCAGUUGACGACUCUGAGAUGGUCUUUGCAUUUCGAAAAGCGAUCCACGAUUCACAGAGAGAAGGCUACCGCCCGCGAAUUGCUAUCUUUGACACAAUUUCGUCCAACCCGGGUCUUCGACUUCCAUUUGAGGAACUCACAGCUGUCUGCCGUUCAGAGGGUGUACUGAGUCUGAUUGAUGCCGCCCACGGAAUUGGGCAAAUCGAUCUCAAUCUAUCAUCCCUGGAUCCAGACUUCUUGAUCAGCAACUGCCAUAAGUGGCUGUUUACUCCUCGCUCAUGUGCUGUGUUUUACGUCCCCAAGCGCAACCAAGCCAUGAUGCGAAGCACUCUACCAACAAGCCACGGGUUCAUUCCUCGAUCGCCCGAGAAGGGAUCUUGUGUCAGUUCCAAGGAGUCAGUGAAUGAAAAAACAGAAUUUGUUUCCAAUUUCGAGUUCGUUGGAACAGCCGACAACUUUUCGUUCUUAGCAGUGCCUGAAGCUAUCCGGUGGAGACAGAAGGUGUGUGGUGGUGAGACCGAGAUUCGGAAUUACUGCAUUCAACUUUCCCGCACCGGUGGACAGAGGGUUGCAGAUAUUCUAGGGACUGUGAUCCUGGACAACGCUGCCCAUACUUCGACAGACUGUUUCAUGGUCAACAUCCUCCUUCCUAUCAAGAAACCCACUUCGGGAAACGGGAGUCUGGUCAAAGGACAAGGUAAACCCGAUACGACCGUGACUGAAUGGAUGCAGCAGACUAUGAUCAAGUCAUACAACACAUUCAUGCCGGUAUUCCCCUUUCAAGGAUCUUGGUGGGUUCGACUCAGCGGCCAAAUCUAUCUUGAGACCAGCGACUUCGACUGGGCUGGCUGGACACUAAAAGACCUCUGCAAGAAGCUACAAGAGGAAGAUUGUGAUCGGUGA